UAUUUCGAAAGAAUUGAACAGCUGAUCGGGUAGCAACACAGACGCAAGUGAGUCAGUGGUUUAGAAACAUUCUCUCACGGCCACGUUGCAGUGUGGUCCGACAGAACUUUAGCAUGGUGUACUUUAUUGAACGUUUGAUUGAGUGAGCUGCUGAUAUACAAACUUAGGUCAAUAUAAUGGAUUUAAAAGAGAUAGUCGAGUGUUUUAAUGCUCCGAUAAAAGAAGAACAAGCCUGGGCAGUUUGCCAUCAGUGUGGCAAGUUUUUAAAGAAGCAGGAAAUAGAACACUUAGACACAACAAAACCGGUGUUUACUGCCCCAGAAGGACCCAAGAAUAUUUAUUUUAAUGAAAAUGGACAUGUGGACUUGCUAGGACCACCAAAUGAAUUUCAGGAACAGAUUGCUCUUGCCCGCGUUGGCGUCUCCGUCUUCUCUGCUCUCGAUUUUGGCCUGGAUGAGCAACAAGAGCAGGAGAUCUCGCUUUCAUUGGAGGACCUCAUAUCACGAAUGACGUCAGUGAUUCAUAAUGAAGUUGAUGAUGAUAAUCACGAUGAAGGUUAUGAUGAUGAGAAAGCCAACACGGAGGAACUUCCAUGCUCCGUUGAUGACCUGAUAUCGUGUUGUGAAAACCGACUUUCGGGGAGAUGGGAAGCGGAGAGUCAUUACACAGCUGUGUGUACUGCUAUGCUGCGAGAGGCGCAAGAACUUAAAGUUUUUCUUAGCAAAGUACAAUCCGCCAACCAGAGUUUGCGUAAACUCACACAGCAAGCUACGUCAUCCUCACGUGACCAAAUUCAUGGUGAGAUAGAUACGGACGACAUUCCAAACCUUGGUUUUGCUGAAUGGGCCCAUCUUUGGAUGCAAGUGUUGGACCAGUUACGAAGGGGGGUUACCCGGUUAAAGAAAGUCGAUCAACAGACGAGAAGCUCGGUUGAAUUUGAACUUACACCUUACGAAAUACUCAUGGAAGACAUACGACAAAAGAAAUACACUUUGAGAAAGGUAACCACUGACGAUAUUCUUGCACCCCUUGUGAAAAAAAGCGCUCAUGACGUCAUACUGGAAUUUAUACGUUCGCGUCCAAAUUUAUCACCGGCACAUAAGCGAAUUUUGGCCCCAACUCCUCCAAGGUCAAAGUCAUUACAUGAACAACUUAUUGAACAAAUACAUGAACAUUCUGUUCCCCUCAAGCCGGUCCCAUUUAACUCAAUGAAGUCUUCCAGAACCUUCGAUGCAGGUCCGCCUGUGAAGGAUCCAGUCGGAGGUGUGACGUCAUCUGUUUCGUGUCGUAGAAUCUUGAAGUUGGAAAAUUUCUCGGAUUGUGAUGACGACGAUGACGGUUCACUAACAGAGUCCGACAUCGAGUAUGACGUCACAGGCGACUUAAGUGACGUCAAUACGUCUGAAAAUCUUGAUGAUUCGUACUCGCCAUUAAAACGUUUCAAUCGAACUUCUCCGUCUCCAAGAUCAUCGGGUACGUCAGGUGUGUCGUCAUCGAGCGGUGACGUCAGUGACGGAACAGAAGCCAACACUCACCGUCCGCUGUCGAUUCGAUUUUCGGAUUCUAUCCGUCGCAAACGAUUACUGCCAUUGGAGUUACCGCCGAGCCCUGCUAAAACCCCCACCGAUUCGCCGGUUAAUUUUUCGUCUUUUGUCCCAUCGUUUCUAAGCAAACUGCCCUCACACGGUCUCCGCCGGUCGCAGAGCGUCGCGCUACGGUCAAACCUAACCCAGCGUCCCAGUUUAAUGGGUCGCAAAAUUACGUGGCUGGAAACUUCGUCAACCGAUGACGUCACGAAGGGUGACGUCAAACUACCGCCCACCAUGCGCCCUCCAGUGACGGCAGAGGAGAAAAGGCAAUAUUUCAGACGCACAAAAUCGGAACGUAGAAAAAAUUCUACUUUGGAGGACGAAUGGCGUCAACCAGUGGCCAGUUUAUCCCUAACAGUUGAAGAGGUGAUGCAUAUAAGGCAGGUUCUUACACGAGCUGAGUUAGAGAGAUACCAACCCGACAAGGAGCUUUAUCAUGCUCUGAAACAUGAGAAGAUAUGUUUCAAUUGCCGCACGAAGAAGUUCAGCGUCUUCUCGUGGCCUUACACUUGCGGAAUUUGCAAGAUGAAAGUUUGUUCCAAGUGCACUAAAAAGAUCCGUGCACCCACUGACAAAUACAUUGAAACUCCCGUGUUUACCUUAAGUCCCUCCUUACAUAAGUUGCCAAGCACCCGAUCCGCUUAUUCCUUUACGAGAGGAGACAGUGUGGGAUUACCAAACUCCCCCAUUACUUUGUUACGUCAGCAAUACCAGCGUGAUUCCGGAGAGUCUCUGACGUCACAAAUUUGGAAUCGCUCACGAAAAAUUGAGGUUUGUUGCGAGUGUCACGUGCUUCUCUCCGGGGUGGUAAAAAACAGUCGCGAAGUGGCACGACAGAACAUAUACAGUAGCAACGCAUCCUAAUUUGAGUUUUAUUUUUGUUGUAUUUUCUGAUAUUUAUUCACAACGUGCUAAACAAGGAAUAUAAAGUACACAUCCAAAUAAACAUAAAACAUUAUCAAUCUACAUUCCUAUUUAUCACUCGUGCGCGUGUACAUCUUUCGUUUUAUAUUGUUUCUAUCUUGUCACGUAUUGUUAAGCAGACAUUUAAGUUUACAACCAUACUUGUGUUAUAUUUGUGCUGUGUGUUCCAAAUAAUGCUGGUCAUUCCGACACCAGAGAAUUUGAUAUUUGGUAUAUUCAUUUUGAGUGCUUGGUGCAAAUACACAUACGCAACGGGGCAAAUGCA